GUGAUUCUUUUUCCUCUCUCCUGAUGCGCACCUCAUCCAAAACCACCGCACUCCCGCCGCCGCACGGCGAUGCUCUCCUCGUCGCUCGCCUUCUCACCCCACCGCCUAACCCCUUCCUCCGCCGCUGUUCGCCGGAGCACAUCUUCCACCAUCACGAUGCGGGACCGAGGCAAGAACCGGAAGCCGAUGCAGCGGGGGCGCUACCUCAGCACCGAGGCCAUCCAGGCUGUCCAGUCCCUCAAGCGCGCCACCCUCGCUGGAGCCCCCGCCGGCGGCGCCGUCGCGACGGACCCCAAGCUGCGGCGGCUCCUGAAGGCCGACAUGGUCGCCGUCUUCCGCGAGCUCGCUGCGCAGGGCGAGGCCCACCUGGCACUCGAGGUCUUUGAGGAGAUUCGAAAGGAGCACUGGUACAAGCCUAGGUUGUUCUGGUAUGUUGAUCUUAUUACAGUGCUUGCCAGCAAAGGUUUGAGGUCCGAGGUUGGCAAAGCCUGUUCGUAUCUGAAGAGGGAACAAUUGGAACCUGACACGGAUGGUUUCAAUCUGCUUCUGAAGACACUUCUAGAUGCUGAAUUCACACAAUUAACGAUGGACUGCUUCCGUCUUAUGAAACUAUGGGACAGUGAACCUGACAGGAUAACAUACGUAACACUGGUCAAGGGUCUUGAAUCCCUAGGAGAGAUGGAUCUAUCUGCUAAGAUGAGGUUGGAAGCAGAAAGUGACUAUGGUGACCUCUGGGACUUCUUUGACGAAGAGGAGACGGCUGAGACUUGAGCAGUUCGUUCUUAAGAGGAUGUUGUAUGGCCAUGUGGGAAGGGAAUCAUUUCUAAAGUUUAUUAUGCAGUGUUAGAACAGAAGAAUGGAAGUCCAUAAUCUUGGACCCAGCAGAAUUUUUUGUGCAACAAGUAGUGAUUAGUUACUACCAAUAUCUACCUGAGAUUCAUAAAUACUCCCUCCGUCCCAAAAUAAGUGUCUUAACUUUGUAUUAACUUUAGUACAAAAUUGUACUAAAGUCAAGACACUUAUUUUGGGACGGAGGGAGUAUUAGCGAAGGGCUGCCUGCAGCUUCAUCAGUUCAUGUUUUUCUCUAGGAGUACAACCUGUUAGUUCUUUCCUUGAGAAGUUCUCUGUGUAUAAUGAAUCACAUUGUUGCUUCUCGAUGUACAGUCACACUGAUGUGUACAAUCAAAUUACUGAUAUCUUUUCA